AUGCCACGUUCUCUCCAGAUUCUUUUGCUCCUGGCGUUGGCUUCUAGGAAUCAGAUAUUGAGUCGUCCAAUCACAUCAUUUGCGGGUGAGUACUUCGUUAUUUCUCUUUCCUUGCAUAAAAGUUAUAUUUCCCAUAGAGCAGUACCUACAUGGAACUACUUUUCUCUAUAAAACUUUCCAUGAGACUUGGCUUUGACUGUAUCAGUUAAUUUUUUUGACUUAUCACAUUUUUUUACAGCUAAUUGUGCUGAGCUUUACAAGGCUGGAAAUAAAACUAGCGGUGUCUACACGAUUUAUCCUGAUGGUUUAAGUGCCUUUGAUGUGUACUGUGACCAGAGCACAGGUGGAGGAGGGUGGACAGUCAUCCAGAAGAGAAUGGACGGCUCUGUAAAUUUUGAUCUUAGCUGGUGUGACUACAAGCAUGGCUUCAGUAACUUGAGUGGCGAGUUUUGGUUAGGACUGGACAAAAUAAACCGCCUCACUUGGAGAACAAAGAACAGGCUUAGAGUAGAUUUGGAAUUUAACCUCACCCUGGGCAUUCAACGAAUUUUUGCAGAGUACAACUUGUUCGUAGUUGAACCGGAAUUAAAAGAUUAUGCCUUAACUAUUGGAAGUGUUUUAACAGGUAUUCACAUCUGUUGGGUGAUGAUUAAUUUCAUUCAUACAAAGUCUGAAAAAAUGAAUCAAUUUACCAACUGGAUAUUUACGCUUAGAAAAUUAGCUUUAUACUGAAAGCGAUGGCAGUCGAAUUACAAUGAAAUCUGAAUAAUUUCGCAGUGUUUCGAAGCAGUUUUGCUUACGUUGUACGCGAACCGUGUCAAUUUGGCUCAUUAAAUUGACUGAACAACAAAUAAAGUCGUUAUUUUGUCUUCAAAAAUGAACUGUGAUACGAGCAUCUCUUCAGCUGACAGAAAUUGAGCUUUUAAUAAAUGCCGUUAUUAUUCUGUUGAUUUUUUACAUUAUUUUUUUCUUUUCUUCUCGCUCUGUAGGAAACGCAAGUGAUUCUUUCGAUUACAACCGCAACGCUUCGUUUUUUACAAUGGAAAAAGACACGCUGGACGGUUGUGCUAAGAAAUAUGGAGCUUGGUGGUAUCCCAAUAGCAAAACUUGUGGUAACUCCAACCUUAACGGUCAAUACAAACAAAUAGACGGUUUAAGAUGGGCACGCUGGAGUCAAUAUAGGCCUCGUGAGCCCCAGUAUAUAGCCACCAAAGCCGAAAUGAAGAUCAAGCCGGAUUGCUUAGGAUAA